AAGCGGCCCGGUAGGCGGAGCAGUGGGGCGGGGCGGGGCCCCGGGCUGUUGUCUAGUGACCCGGAACCAAGGCGACCCUUAGUUCUCCGAGAAGAUGGGCUGCGGAUCACUAGGGAAAACAGAAGCUAUCCCUGGAAGUCGUCUCGCUUUCGCUGAACGCUCUGGGCUUUUUCCAGAAGCGAUAAGAAAUAGGAAGUGACGUCUGAGCCCGAAGCAAGCCGGGCUCCGGACCGAUCCGCAGCUAGGCCAGGCCGGAGCCGCUCUCCCGCUGCGCUCUGGGUACCCCCACCCGCCUGACCGGCCCCUGUCCCGGGAUCCGCUCGCUGCGCUGGAGCCGGAGCGGGUGUUGUCACCCCGCGGCCAUAGAGCGGGAACGCCCGCCCGGACACCUGUCGCCCAUAUUUUAAUAUCCCAAUUCCAAGAAAAUACUGGAUAACACCCUUAAAAAAAUACGAAGAAAUCAUGAAGUGUUUUAAUUAUUAAAACCAUGGCUACAUCUGCAAAUCUGGACAUUGGGGCCCAGCUGAUCGUGGAAGAGUGUCCCAGCAGCUAUAGUCUCUCUGGGAUGCCAGACAUCAAAAUAGAGCACCAACUGGACCCAAACUCAGACGAAGGAUCAGCUCAGGGUGUCGCCAUGGGAAUGAAAUUCAUAUUGCCAAACCGAUUUGAUAUGAACGUGUGUUCUCGAUUUGUGAAAUCCUUAAAUGAAGAGGAUAGUAAAAACAUUCAAGAUCAAGUUAACUCUGACCUGGAGGUGGCGUCUGUCUUAUUUAAAGCUGAGUGCAAUAUCCAUACAUCUCCUUCUCCUGGAAUUCAAGUAAGGCAUGUCUACACACCCUCUACAACAAAACAUUUCUCACCCAUAAAACAGUCAACUACUUUAACCAACAAGCACAGGGGAAACGAGGUCUCCACCACACCUCUGUUAGCAAAUUCUCUGUCUGUUCACCAGUUGGCAGCUCAGGGAGAGAUGCUCUACCUGGCUACUCGUAUUGAACAAGAAAAUGUUAUCAAUCACACGGAUGAAGAAGGAUUUACUCCCCUGAUGUGGGCUGCGGCACAUGGGCAAAUAGCUGUGGUAGAGUUCCUACUUCAGAAUGGUGCAGAUCCACAGCUUCUAGGAAAAGGUCGAGAAAGUGCCCUGUCGUUGGCCUGUAGCAAGGGCUACACAGACAUUGUCAAAAUGCUGCUGGACUGUGGAGUUGAUGUCAAUGAGUAUGAUUGGAAUGGAGGGACACCUUUGCUUUAUGCUGUCCACGGGAACCAUGUGAAGUGUGUGAAGAUGCUGUUAGAAAAUGGAGCUGACCCAACAAUUGAAACAGACUCUGGCUACAAUUCUAUGGACCUAGCUGUAGCUUUGGGCUACAGAGGUGUUCAACAGGUCAUUGAGUCACACCUGCUGAAGCUGCUUCAAAACAUCAAGGAGUGAUGACCUCAGAAAACACCAUUUGCCCUUCUCCUCACUCCUCGGUCCUUAAAUGAUAGUUUUGUUUACAUGUAAAUUUUUAUAGUUUUGUUUGAGUGUAAAUUUUUAUCUCAGUUGCAAUAUUUGCUGGUUUUUAGUGAGUUUUAAUAAAUAUUCCUCUGGGUAAUUUACUUGUUUAUAAUAAAAUUAAUCCUGAUGGUUUUUUAAAUAAAUGUGUUUUACUAUAUAUUAAAAUUAUUAAUUAAUGUUUUAUGGCAUGUAACCUUUUAUGGUACAGGUGGUUAUGUGUCUUUGUAUCAAGUACCACAAUUUGACACUUUAAGAAAAUGUGUUCCAUCUUGUUUGUCUUCCCUCUUGUAUUAACUAUGACUUUGCACAGGGCUUACUAUAAGUCUGCGGGGAAAAUAAUGUUCUUGUUGAAUUAAAAAGUACAGUGUGGUGGUUUACAAAAUCAUGUUUAAAUAAAGUACUGUGUCUGUUUGCAUU